AUCUCUUUUUCUUCCUCAGCCAAUGAAAAGCUUGUUGUGUCAUAAUGCUCUGCAUGGGUGUGCCUUACAGUGCAGUGAAACAGUCAGAACUAUUUAAGAACAGGCAGCAACAGGCAGCAACAGGCAGCAGGCAGCAUAACAUCGAGCCUGAGCUCAGGAUCUUACUGAGAAACACCAUGAAGAACUUCAUCUGUCUCUGCUUUGUUCUGUGUUUCAUGGAUCAGUCUCUCUGUGGAGAUCCUGUAAACAUCACAGCAAAACCUGGACAACAGAACGUCGAUCUGCCAUGUAGAGCUGACAGGAACAGCAAAGUCUCAGCUGUAAGCCUGACCAGAGGCAACCUGGAGCCACGAUAUGUGCUUCUCUACAGGGAUGACCGGAUUGAUGAAGCUCUCCAGAAUCAACAGUACUUGGGCCGAACAAAACUCCAAAGCCUUAACACCACUGAUGGACAAAUCCAUCUGACUAUAAAGAAUGUGACAGAGAAGGACAGUGGAGUGUAUGAGUGCCAUGUCAAGACUGAAGUAAAAAGCAACACACGCAGGAAGAGAGCCGUCUUAGAAAGCAGCACCAUCAUCCAGCUGCGUGUAGCUGCUGCACAGUCUAAUCCUCCUCAAGGGAACAUGGAUGGAAACAGAGGAGAAGGAGGGAAAGAGGAUGGAGGGAAUAAAGACGGGUUAGGGGUCAGUCGAAGUCAUGUUGUCCUGAUGGCGCCUGUAGCUUCUGUCAUUGUUUCCAUGGUGAUAGUAGCAGUUAUUAGGAGGAAGAAGAUCAAGACUCCUUCUUCUUUUCUCCCUGAAGAUGCAGAGAAUCCUCAGUUGAUCUGACUGAAAGUUGUUGAUGUUUCUGGAUCAUCAGCCAAAGCAGAAACAACGUCGUCUUUAGUCAAUAAGAACAAGCUAAUGUCAGCAACUGGGACAUUUUUUAUUUUGUUCUCAUAUUUAAAUGUAAAUGUGACAAAAACCAGGAAGAUCAAUAAUUUAAUUAUCUGUUACUUUGCUUAUUGCAAUACUAACCUGGUCAACCUGUGGAUGAUUCCUGCACUAACAUGUGUCCCCUCCGUGGAUUGCUACCUUGUCGUGGUGGAGGGGCUUUAAUGAUUCUCAUCUCCUGGGGGGUUAAUUAUAAUUAUUAAAAAUAAUAAUAAUAUUAGACCUGUCCUCGAGAGGAAUCAGACCAAGAGCAAUUCAAACACAUCAACACAUGUCUUAGUGCAGCGUUGGCACCACAGAUAAUAAAAUUAUGUGAAAUUAUAAUUGGAAAAAUGAAUAAUGUAUUUUCUCUGAGUUCUUAUUGACACUAAAGAUGAUGUUUAAUCUGCUCUAAUCCAUGUUCAGAAAUCUGCUCUUACUUUACAUCAACAAUAUAAAUGCAUAACUUUACCAUCAAUUCAAGAAUGGGAUGUAGAUAUUCAUAUUAAAGAAACAGAAAUAUGUGAAUAAUUGCAAAACAUUAACAGAAAACUUAAAUCAUUGAUGGAACUGAUGUGUAAUUUACAGAAUAAGCUUUAGUUUUUAUUUCUAGUGUAAUUUUACUCAGUUUUGCUCUCUUUGAGGAAACGGAGCAGGAAGUUUAUUAUCUUCACUUCAAGUUCUGUAAAGGACUUAAAUAAUGCUAUAAAUCAGCCUGUUAGUUAUAUUCCAGCUUUGAUCAGUUUUUAUUGAUAUGUUAUCUCUUUAUAUCUAAACUCUGUUAAUCUAAAGUCUCACUGCAUGAUGUGAC